CAGUCUUGUGCCGCGGCCUUUACCUCUACAGUUGUUAUCGUAGUAUUUGUUUAGUUUUGUAGUUCGUCUGCUUAUUACAACUUUUAAUAUUUGACACUUUUAUAAAAAUUGUCUAAUUGUGCUACUUUUGCUGGAGGUGCAAAUACCAACAUUAUAAGACAAGACGAGCUUACAAUAAAAGCAUUGGUUAUUGAUUAAACGUCUAAAUCAAAACACGCUAAACGUCAGUGUUACAUGGAUACACGGUCUAUACUCGAUCCGCAAUUUUACAGUUACUAAAUAGUGCUGAUACCGUGCUAUCAAAAAACAAUGGAAUAAAUUAGCAUCAAACAAAUAUGGAAUCUAUUCAAGGCGAAAUUGACUCUGUUUUAAGAACAAAUGAUGAUUCUUAUAAUAAUUUAGAUGAUCCUUUACAUACGUCUAUGUUAGAUAAUAAAUAUUCUAGUAUGAAAUCAAAUUUAAAUUUGUCAGAUUCUCAAGCAUUUACAGAGAAUAGCAAUAGUUUCAUGGCAAAUCAUAAUAUUGAUUGUAAAUCAGACUUUAUUUCAAAAUUAGAAAAAAAUCAAUCUAAAUUCCACUUAAUAAAAUCUCGAUCUCCAUCGAUAACUGCUAAUAAUGAAUCUAACGAUUAUAAAGUUGAUAAAACUUUAGAUGAUUCAACCUAUAUUGAUUCCUCAUCAAAUCGUAAUUCAAGAUCACGGUCAAGAUCACGCUCUCGAAGUUUAAGCUAUGUUUCUGAUUCCGCAAACAGUAGAAAAUCUCGUUUCUCCGCUCACAUAGCAAAUAUAACUUCUAUCUCAAGGUCUAGAUCAAAUUCAAAAAUAAAAUCCAGUUCAACACGGAUAUCUGAGUACAAUUCAAAGUCAAGAUCUACAUUAAAAUCCAAGUCAAAAUCAAAUUCAAGAUCAAGAUCCAAGUCGGGAUCAAGAUUUAAAUCAAGAUCAAGAUCUAAAACCAGACUAAGGUCUGAAUCUAGAUCAAGAUCUAAUUCAGGAUCAAGAUUUGAAUCCAGAUCAAGAUCUAAGUCCACAUCAAGAUCGAAGUCAAGAUCAAUAUCUCAGUCCAAAUCAAGAUCGAAGUCUAGAUCAAGAACGAAGUCGAGAUCAAUAUCUAAGUCUAGAUCAAGAUCUAUGUCUAAAUCAAGAUCAAGAUCUAAGUCUAGAUUAAGAUCUAAAUCCAAAUCAAGAUCUGUGUCCAGAUUAAGGUCUAGGUCUAGAUCAAAAUCUAAGUCCAGUAUAAAAUCUAAAUCCAGGUCAAGAUAUAAGUCUAGAUCAAAAUCUAAGUCAAGAUCAAGAUCAUUGUCGAAUACUAGUUAUAAAUCAAGAUCCAGGUCAAAAUCCCAAUCAUCAAGAUCAUCUAGAUCAAAAUCUCAGUUAAGAUCUAUAUCUACAGAUCGUUCGCGAGCUGGAUCUAAUUUGAGUUUACAGUCUAGAUCAGAAUCUCGUUCAAAUUCCAGAUCAAAGUCUCCAUCAAAAUUUGAAUGUCGCUCACAAUCAAGAUCAAACUCUCGUUUGCAGUAUUCAUCAAAAUCGCCGAUCAGAUAUAAAUCUUAUACUCUUUCUAAAUCUAAAUCACAUUCACGAUCCAAAUCCCAUUCACUAUCUAGAUCUCGAUCCCAUUCACGUUCUAGGUCUAAGUCAAAAUCUAAAUCCUAUUUAGAAUCAAAACCAGAAUCUCGUUCACCAACAAAAGCAAAGUCAAAUUCACGGUCAAGAUCAAACUCAAGAGAUUCAAUUAAAUCUAGAAUUAAGAAUUUAGGUUCUGACCGAAAUCGUAUAUCAAGUUCAGAUUCUGACAAUGAAGAUGAUGCUCCACCCCACUUGAUAAUUAAGAAUCAGCCUGUUUUACAACACAGCGAAAAACAUAGCAUCAGUACCAAUAAUAUUGACGAUAAAAUGAAUACCGAAUCUGACGAAUCAGACGAUGAAAAAAUUACUAAUUCAAUUGCAUAUGAUGAUACUCUAUCAGAUUUUGAUAGGAUGUUAGCUCGAAAAAAAGAAGAACAGUCUCGUAGACGAAAACGAAAAGAUAUCGAUAUUAUAAAUGACAAUGAUGAUAUCAUAGCUCAGCUUUUAGCAGAUAUGAAAUGUGCUUAUGAAGAAGAUAGAAAAUUGAAUGAACUUAAUAAACCUGCGAAGAACAAAAUAGCUAUGUUGCCAAAAGUGUUAUCGCAAUUAAAAAAACACGAUUUACAAUUAGCAUUUUUAGAACAUAAUGUUCUUUCAGUUCUUACAGACUGGUUAUCACCGAUGCCAGAUCGAUCAUUGCCAUCGCUCAAAAUAAGAGAUUCUAUUUUGAAAUUGUUAUGUGAGUUUCCUCGCGUGGAUCAGUCAUCUUUAAAACAAUCUGGUAUCGGCAAAGCUGUGAUGUAUAUCUACAAACAUCCAAAGGAAACCAAGGAAAACAAAGAGCGUGCUGGAAAAUUAAUAAGUGAGUGGGCAAGACCUAUUUUCAAUCUUUCGGCUGACUUUAAAGCUCUUUCAAAAGAAGAAAGAAUGCAACGCGAUUUAGAACAAACACCAGUAAAAAAACGUAAAACUCAGGAAGAAUUAUCCUUACAGAAAUCGCAAGACAUUAACAGAGCUCUAAAAGGAGAUACAAAACCUUUAAGACCUGGUGAUCCUGGAUGGGUAGCACGAGCUAGAGUACCAUUACCUUCAAACAAGGAUUAUAUUAUUCGUCCAGAAUGGAAAAGCGAUACGGACAUCAGUAGGAUAACGAAGAAACAAAUGAAUCGUUUUGAACGCCAUAUGAAAAAUUUCAUCGAUAGUAAAAGAAUGAAAUCUGCACGUAGAGCUGUUGACAUAUCUAUUGAGGGGCGCAAAAUGUCUCUGUAACAUCGAUAAUUUAUAACAAAACCUAUGUUUGAAAUGAUUAUGAAAUUAAAAUAAAAUGAUAGUAUUUUAAUCUAA